CAUAUCCCUUUCCCAUCGUUUAGCGUACACUCGAACCGCCUGUUCUAACUUCUAAGCAAAACUUUCAAACCAUCAUAUCCUUCCUAAUCUCAACCUCUCUGUGCCCACAAGCUCUGAUGGCGGAAUCCAGACCAGACCCAAUGACGCACUCUCCGUUAGAUGAAGAAGAAAUUUUGCACUCUCAGAAAUUGCCUCACCAUCAUAAGGAAACCCAUGGCAAGAGAAAUGAAAUAGACGAGAACACCCCAUUAGAUGAUGUUAGAGCUCCAAAUGUGUUUGACAGAGCAAAAGAGGAGCUUGACGCUCUCGUCCAAACGAUCCAUCACAAGAAAGAUUCUCCAAAAGAUUCUCCAACCCAUGAAAGGGAUGAAACUAUUAAGGCAGAGUCUAAACAGGAUAGACCAGAUUCUCUAUCAGAUGAAGAAGUAAAAGGACCAAAUUUGUUUGGAAGAGCAAAAGAAGAGAUUCAAGCAAUUUUACACUCUGAGAAAUUGCCUCACCAUCAUAAAGAAAUUCAUGGCAAGAGAAUUGAAAUAGACGAGAACACCCCAUUAGAUGAUGUUAGAGCUCCAAAUGUGUUUGACAGAGCAAAAGAGGAGUUUGAGGCUGUUGUCCAAACGAUUCAUCCCAAGCAAGAUUCUCCAGCUCAUGAAAGGCAGGCUGAAACUACAAAGACGGAGUCCAAAAGGGAUGAAGUGGAUUUUCUAUCAGAGAACAAUGUCAAGGGGCCCAAUCUUAUUGAGAGAGCCAAGGAAAAGAUUGAAACGAUCACACACCAUCAUAAAUCAUCACACUAUCAUCAUAAGGAAACUCACGGAUCAAGGGAUGAUCUUGAUGAGAGAACCCCAAUUAAUGAUGUGAAAGGUCCAAAUGUUUUUGAAAGGGCAAAAGAAGAAAUUGAAGCCGUUGUUGAAACAAUUCAUUCCAAGAAAGAUCAAGGAAAUUCUGUGUCCUUACAAAAGGAAGGUGGAUUCGAGGCCUUUAUUGGAAGAAUAUUGGAAAAAGUCUGCUCUCCUCGGGGUAGGAAGAAUGAUUAGUUGUGAAUUGUGGUGAAGUUUAAUUCUUCCAUGUUUUUCUAGUUGUUCCAUGUCGAAAUUCAACCACACAACAGACAUGAAACCUGUUUAUAAGCUGUUCGACUACUCACUCUGCCAAAUCGACCACAGGGAUGCAUUGUUUGUCUUUUGAUUACUGAAUUUGCUGCCCCAAGAAUGUAUAUCUGUUUAUAUUUUCUGGGUUUGAUUUGCCAAAUGUUUUAUUAAGUUUUCUGAUUGAACUGGUUAUAGCAAAGUGUAUAUGGGGACAAGUUGUUACUUCAGUAUUGGUAGCCUAUUUGCUUUGUGGUUAAUUUUACCAAUGCUACAUCGUAUUGGUGGAGUCUAUAAAAUAAGAUGAAAAAUAUUGUCUUUAAAUGAAUUCUGCUUUUGUAUUA